AUGCAGCUCCAGAGCUAGAAGCAACUGGAUUGUUUCCCGUUUCUAUUAACAAUUCGUUUCUUUUUUUGUUUUUGUUAGAUUACCCAGAAACAUUUAGAAAAAGAUGGAUGCAAAUGGAAAUGGUGGAGAUUCGUCUUUAGAUUUCGCCACCAUUCAGAUCCUGCCUUCUGAAAACAGGUAUGAGGCAUAUACUUGUAAUGACAGCAAAGUAGAAAAAGUGGGUGUUGGUGUUCUGGAAAAGCUCUUGCCCCAUUUACCCGGGCUAGAUAACUUGUACACCCAAGGCUCCAUUGCUGACUACAAACUGCAACCUCCCAACAAUUUAAACUCUGCCCACUGGUUUACUAAAUCUACUUUCACCAGAUUCCUACAUCUUAUAAGUUCUACUGAACUGGUGGAUACUGCUAAAGGUAUUGAAGGUGAGAUCUCUCUUUUGGAGGAAACCAGAAAGUUUCAACUUUCUUUGUAUGCUCAGGGUCACCAAGAUCAUAUUCAAAGCAGCAAAAAAGAUAUGAGCAACUCAGAAGAUGGGCUGCUAGCAUCCAAGUUUGAAGUCAACAAUUCAUCGUCAGAUUCCUCAAAGAAUGAGCUCUUACGUGCUAUGGACUCAAGACUGACAGCAUUAAGAAGUGAGUUAGUUGCUGCUUUUAACCAGGCGGCUGGAGAAACCUGCUCCUACAAAGAAAUCACUCAUCUAGCCAAAUUUUCUGAAAUUUUUGGAGCAAAUGAUGUGAAGAACUUUUUGUACAAGUUUCUAGAGCUGAGCCAAAAGAGUCAAGUUGAUAAUCUGUCAGAUGAUGAAAAGCCUUCGUCUGCUUUUGCUUCAAUGAGUGUCAGAAUAAACAAGACUGAUAGAAAUAAUCAAAUAUCAAAGCCGUUAAGUUCAGAAACGCCAGUUAAAUAUGGUGUUUCACCAGCCAAAGCUGCCCAGGUCGAACGUCAGAGCUCAACUGAUAGUGAGGAAUCUUCUGACUCAAGUGAUGAGAUUCAAAUGUCUGCAGAAAGAAGUCGAUCUCUUAUAAGAUCUGCAUCUCCUAGACGUUCAGCAUCUCCCAUGCGAAGGGUUCAAAUAGGGAGGGGUGGCUCACGUAAGGCCCCUGCUCUGACCAUUAAGAGCCUUAUUCCUGCUAGAGAAAAAAUUUGGUCUCAAACAGAUGUAGCUUCAAAAGAUAGUGAAGAGGAAGGAUCAGAACAGACUAAGAAACCUGAGAAUAAUGUUCAGCGUAUGAGUGUUCAAGACGCAAUAAAUCUUUUUGAAAGAAAACAAAGGGAUCAGAUUCCUGAUGUUCCUAUAAGGAACUCAUUAACAAACAUCUCUCUUGGCGCAAAUAAGGCUGUAUUGAGAAGAUGGAGUUCAGGUAUGAGUGAAUCCUCCUACCAAUUCCAACCGCAGAAUACUUCUGAAGAUCCUGUUCCAGAGCCUCCUGAUAAUGUCUCUGAUAAUGAUGUAAUGAGGAAAUCAGCAGAAGUUGACUUGGAAUCUGAUACGAGAACUGAAGCGCAAAACAUCGAUGAGACUGUUGAUGUGAAUGUAGAAAGGCUGGAAGAGAGAUCGUAUAGUCCAAUAGAUGUUCAUGUGGUCACAGAUAUAAUCCAAGAAGAGGAAGCUAAUGGAAGGUCAAAAAGCUCAGCUGAAUGGAGUCGAAAAAAGGAAGCAGAGUUGAACCAAAUGUUUAAAAGAAUGAUGGAAAAUCAGCCUGUUAGCUGUAGCAAGCCUCAAGCUAAAGUCAGGCAAAACCUGUCUCCAGAGCAGACAGGUGGAUUUUAUGACCAUUACAAGGAGAAGAGGGAUAAAAAACUUAGAGGAGAAAAUGCUGGAAAGCGCACUGAAAAAGAAGAAAAGUUUAGAGCAAUGCAGAAAAUUCUUAAUGAGAGGAAAGCAGAAAUGGCUUCCAAAAAAGUGAAUAAUUUAUGCAAAACGGAUCCUCUUACUAAGGCCCUAAAUUCUGCUAAGAAUUCCCAAAAGAUACAAAAAAUUCCUUCUCAGCCAGCUACAACAAGGGAAACUGCAAAAGAAACCACAAAACCUUCAAGUGCGAAGAAGAUCUCAUCUAGAACAUCCCCAUUGCCUGCUACUCGUAAGUCAUGGCCUUCAACACCGUCACUAGAUAAAACUUCAGGUGGAAUCUCUUCUGCAGGCACUAUGCCAACAUCUCGGAAACCUCAGUCAGCACAAUCAGUGCCUCGAGUGAGUCCUAAAGUGGAAAGUUCCCAGCCACAACAAAGAAAUGUGAACAGCUCCCAGGCUAAUAAACGAGGUUCAGUAAGUGUGAAUGAGAAGCAGCAGCAAAAAUUGAUGACAACCAACAAAACUACUAGGAAAAAAGUUACAGCAGCACGUGGUGGAGACUCAUCCGGUGUGGUUCCAGUGAAGCCUAGUUUGUAUAACAAGGCAACAAAGAAAAGUACUGUAGUUCCACUGGAAUCAAAGCCAUUUCUCCGCAAAGGUUCUGGAUUGACCUCUAUCACUGGUGUUGUUAAAAAGAUAAAAAAUCCUUCUAAGUUGGAGGGCCCUUUGAGAAAUACUGAAAAUUCAAUUGAUGCUCAAGAGAGUGAUGUCCUUGUUAAUGCUUCUGUGCCAGUGAAUGAGUAUCAUGAUGAAUCUUUUUCAUCAUUGGAUCGUCGUGAUGAUGCUAAUCAGCCAGAAACACAGGUGAACGACCACCAGAAAUGUGAUGUGAUUGAGAGUGUUGAUGAACUUGCUCCCGAAUUUGAAGAGGUUUUAAAAAAUAUUGAUGGGUCUUCACAAGUUGUGGAAGAAUCAGUCAUCUCACCAACUGCUUGGGUAGAAAUAGAAGAGCAUCAGAACCUGCCUGACCAGUGUGAUGACCAAACAGGUGAAAUUGCCUCUUCAGCUUGCAUUGCACCAGUUGAAUCAGGUAGUCCUCGCGUCCAUCACUCUCUGUCACAAAUGCUGCAAGAAGAAAGUAGUGAAGCUGAUACCACUGAAUGGGGAAAUGCUGAAAAUCCUCCAGCAAUGGUCUACCAUAAGGAUGCUCCUAAGGGAUUGAAAAGGCUGUUGAAGUUUGCCCGGAAGAGUAAGGGCGAUGCAAAUAUAACUGGUUGGUCUAGCCCAUCUGUCUUUUCUGAAGGAGAGGAUGACACAGAAGAUUCAAAAGUUUAUAAUAAGAAAAAUGCUGAUAACCUACUACGAAAGGCUGCCCUUCAUGCAAAGAACUAUGAACACAACUUGGAUGCUCAUGAGCUUCCAUCUGGUACUGCCUGCUUUGUUUAUGCAGCUCAAUCAGGCAUUAGCUCAUUUGAUAUGCAAAAAUUACAAAAGCGUGGUGUCUCAGCUACUGCCUCCACUACUAAAGGGACAAGGUCUUUCUUCUCCCUUUCAGCUUUUAGGGGUAGUAAGCCAAGUGACAUGAAGCUUCGCCAAAGCUAGGAUAUUUAUAAUAAUCGAGGUUUUCGACAUCCGCCCUCUCCCGGUCAUAAGCCAAGUUAACUAAGCUUCGCCGGUGGCCAAAUUGUCUUACCAUUUUCGCCUUGCUUUUAGUGUAUUUGUGUUGGGUUGCAUGUCAGCAGCGUGGGAUCAUCUCUAUUCUUGUGUCGGAGGGAUAUUGAUGUAGAUACAGUGCUUUCCAGGAUCAGGAAUUCCAUGCUGCUAAAAAAAUCGUUGUGUUAACCAUUAUGUUAAAGACAUAAUAAAACCAUUAUCAUUCCUUUUC